AUGAAUUGGGAGACUCUAGGCGAUACAGUGGUCGGUGAGGACUUUGUAAGGUUGACAGCCGACGUCAAGUCAUCAUGGGGCAGCAUGUGGAACACUCAGCCAAUCGAGUUCUCCAACUGGGAGAUCAUCAUGGAGUUCCACAUCGGUGGCACUGGACGUGUUGGUGCCGAUGGUCUCGCACUCUGGUACGCCGAUCUGAACCACAACGCCGAGUCACGUGACACCAGCAUCUUUGGCUCAAAGAACAUGUGGCGUGGAUUAGGUAUAUUCUUUGAUACCUUUGAUAAUGAUGCCAAUAAUGAUAAUCCUUUGAUAUCAAUAGUAUACAAUGAUGGAACACAAUACUUUGAUAACAAGAAUGAUUUCCUUAACAAUCGUUUGAGUGGAUGUACUAGCAAGUUCAGGAAUAACAAUAAGAACACAAGAGCAAAGAUCAGACAUUUCAAUGGAUUGGUAUCGUUGCAUAUUGACCUGUCUACCACUGGCACCUAUGAGCAAUGUGGUCAACCAGUACGUUUGAGUAUUCCAACCGGAUAUAGAUUGGGUGUCUCUGCUGCCACUGGUGGUCUUCAUGACAACCAUGAUGUUUACAUGGUGGACACAUACUCUUUGGAUGACUUUGACAGGUUUGAGAGAUUCCAACAACAACAUCUCCUGCAGCAACAGCAACAACAACAGCAGCAGCAGCAACAACAACAACAGCAACAGCAACCUGACCAACAACAGCAACAGCAACAGCAGCAACAACAGCAGCAGCAGCAACAACAAGAGAACAAGAUUGAACCAUUUGAGGAAGCUCCAGCCCCAGACGACGACAAUGACUUCUUGGCCAAGAUGAAGGAGAUUACAAAGGAGUUUGGACAGCAACAACAGGCACCACCUGUAACAGAACCACCCCAACAGCAGCAGCAGCAGCAACAACAACCACAGGAGCCACCCAAGGUUGUCAAUGCUCAACAAAUUGAUCAGAAUGCCGAGCAAGUACGAUCUCUGAUCCAGAAUGUUGAUGUGCUCAAGGAGAGCAUCCAAGGAUUGCACUCAGUGUUUGAUGAUGCCGAUACCAAGCGUAUUGUCGAUGGAAUGAAGGAUCAAGUCGAGGCCAUUGGCAUAUCAGUCACACUUCUCGCCAACAGCAUCAUCACCAAGAAGGACUUCAAUGCAUUCAAGUCGGCCUACGACUUCAAGCAAUCCCAAUCAUUCAAGGAGUUUGGUGAUCUGAAACAAUUGGUAACAGACAUGAAGAUUACAAUCAAUCAGAGAUUGAACAACAAUGAUCAGGAUGUGAGCAAGACACUGGAGACACUCUCACAGAACAUGAAUGGUUUGAGGAAAUUGGUGGAUGCCACUUCAAAGGACACUCAAAAGAUCGCCUCGUCACUUCAGGGCAACGUCAAUGACAUUGCUUCGACCAUUGAGAGACAUACAUCAUUUGGCUUCUGGUCCUACUUCCUUAUAAUCCAGGCUGUACUCAUAUUCGGCUUUGUCUACUGGAGGAAGCACAAGGAUGACAGCAACAAGAAGCUUAUGUAA